AUGCAUGACUCUGCGAAGCGAUCGGCUGCCGCUGGCCAGCGAGGGCGGCAGACCUCUGCGAGCAUGUUCGGCUUCAACGACCCCUACAUGACAUCGCCUGACUCGGUGCAAGUCAAAGCAGAACCACGAGACUAUGCGCAUCAAUCAGCAUUUCCUUAUGAGAUGGCCCAUGGUCUCCCACUCACACCUUCGGUUUCCGCGCACGGCUGGCAAGAUCAAUCCAUACCGGGCACAACGGCUUGCUACAGUACUGCAGUGAGCGCACCGGACUACAGUGGGCUGACUUACUACCAAGAGCCACAAUACACAGUCCCUCCCAUGAUCAACUCGGCUACGAUGCAAUAUCCGAUUUUCACGAGUAGCGGGCAGGUCCAAGCGCUCUACUAUCAGCCAGGCUAUGGUGUCGAUCAGAAUAGCCACCAAGACUUUGCGCAGAUUGCUUCAAAGAGGUGGCCGAUGACACCUCAAUCCCACAUCGGAACACCUGAAAGAACACAACAUCCCAGUCCAUCAGAAAACACGUGGCCCUCACCGAUACUCUCGGACGAGAAUGCGCAGAACAAUAAGAGGACGGGUAGCAAGAACGUCAGUUCUGUCUCAAGAACGCAUUUUGAAUCUCUUGAGCGAUCACCCUCACAUGAAACCGAAACAUCUAGUUCGAGAUCGGAUCAAGCCGCAGGGAGAAAUCGGCUAGUCGAGGCCAGGCCCUAG